GCAAUACCUUGCUGAGAUCGUUUGUCUCUGGCCCCAGGCGGGGUAAUUUUUUAUGAAAAUAUUCAUUCCUUUUCGAACGAGUCCAACAUGGCAGGAGAUCAAGCUCAGUUUUAUAACUUAUUAAUCACAUUUCUAUCAACAGAUAAUGAUGUUCGAACGCAAGCAGAAGAAACCUACAAUAAUAUACCGACCGAAACUAAAGUGGUACACCUAGUAGGAGCAUUACAGAAUGUUGAUCUUGGGGAAGAAGGCCGUAUUACCGCUGCAGUUCUGCUACGAAGACUUUUCAGUGCUGAGUUUUUUGAAUUCUUUCCAAAACUACCUUUGGAGCAACAGGCCAUGCUCAGAAAUCAACUACUUCUCACUCUACAAAUGGACCUCAGCCAACCUCUAAGACGAAAGAUAUGUGAUGCAGUAGCAGAAUUGGCACGAAGUCAUAUUAAUGAAGAUGGAGUAACACAGUGGCCUGAAUUUCUAAGGUUUAUUUUCACUUGUGUGUCUGCAGAAGAUCCCAAUGUUAAAGAGGCUGGCCUACGAUUGUUUACGUCAGUUCCGGGUGUAUUCGGUGACCAAGAAAAUGAAAAUCUUGAUGUAAUAAAGAAUAUGCUAAUGUCAGCGCUUCAUGCUGUGGACUCGGAUGUAUUGCAGAUGCAAGCUGUGAAGGCUGUCGGGGCUUUUAUAUUAUUACAUGAGAAGGAACCUGCUAUACAAAAAUACUUCAGUGACAUUUUACCAGCUUUUAUGCAGGUUGUAGCUAAAUCAAUUGAGAAAGAAGAAGACGACAGUGCAUUGAAAGUUCUCAUUGAAAUAGCUGAAGCCACUCCCAAAUUCCUGAGGCCACAAGUUGAGGUCAUAUUCCAAGUGUGCGUAAAGGUUGUUGGAGAUAAUAAGAUAGAAGACAAUUGGCGUCAAUUAGCACUGGAAGCGCUAGUGACCCUAUGCGAGACAGCUCCGGCCAUGGUGCGUAAGACUGUACCUAAUGCUAUAAGAGCUUUGACCCCCAUGGUGCUGGAGAUGAUGAGCGAGCUGGAAGACGAACCGGACUGGUCCCAGCAGGAUGAAGUUGCUGAUGACGACAACAAAGAGAACUAUGUGGCAGCUGAGUCAGCAUUAGACCGUAUGUGUUGUGGCCUCGGAGGCAAGAUAAUGCUAGGUUUGAUAGUGGGAGAGGUCCCUGAAAUGUUGAAUUCGAAUGACUGGAGGAAGCGCCACGCUGCGCUGAUGGCUGUCUCAUCAGCUGGCGAGGGCUGCCACAAACAAAUGGAGCAGAUGCUGGAUCAGAUAGUGACCGGCGUGCUCAAUUAUUUAGUUGAUCAGCAUCCCCGUGUGCGUUACGCCGCAUGUAACGCAGUUGGCCAAAUGUCGACAGAUUUUGCACCAGUGUUCCAGAAGAAAUUCCAUCAGAAAGUAGUAUCCGGUUUGCUGAUGGUUCUUGACGACAAUGAUAAUCCUCGUGUGCAGGCUCAUGCAGCGGCUGCUUUAGUAAACUUCAGUGAAGACUGUCCGAAGCCAAUUCUCUCACAAUAUCUCGGCCCCCUGAUGCAGAAGUUGGAGCACUUAUUGACAACAAAACUUGAGGAGGUGGUAGCCAGAGGCAACAAACUAGUACUGGAGCAGGUUGUGACAACAAUAGCAUCAAUUGCUGACACCGUUGAGAAAGAGUUUGUAGGAUACUACGACCGUGUGAUGCCCUGCCUCAAAUACAUCAUUACUAUUGCUAAUGCCAAAACUGAAGAGUAUAAACUACUCCGCGGCAAAACUAUUGAAUGUGUCAGCCUUAUAGGAUUGGCUGUUGGUGAAGAAAUAUUUAUGAAAGAUGCCUCAGAAGUGAUGGAUCUUUUGUUGGAGACACAUACAGAUGGUGAACAGCUGCCACCUGAUGACCCCCAGACAUCUUAUCUGAUCUCAGCUUGGGCACGCAUUUGCAAGGUUAUGGGCGCUUCAUUUGCCAGAUACUUGCCCAUGGUUAUGGGACCAGUGAUGCGCACUGCUGCUAUGAAGCCAGAGGUUGCUUUAUUGGAUAAUGAUGACCUGGAGGUGAUCGAGGGAGAUCUUGACUGGAACUUUGUUACAGUUGGAGAGCAGCAAAACUUUGCGAUCAAAACAGCUGGUCUUGAAGACAAAGCCUCUGCCUGUGACAUGCUGGUAUGCUAUGCUCGUGAACUGAAAGAGUCUUUUGCUGAAUAUGCUGAAGAAGUUGUCAAGCUAAUGGUCCCCAUGUUGAAGUUCUACUUUCAUGACAAUGUUAGAAUGGCAGCAGCUGAAUCGCUGCCAUAUUUGCUGGAAUGCGCCAAGAUACGUGGACCACAGUACAUUCAAGGAAUGUGGGCAUACAUUUUGCCUGAAUUGUUAAAAUCUAUUGAUACUGAACCCGAGCAGGAAGUACAAGUGGAACAGCUAAACAGCCUUGCCAAGUGUAUAGAAGUAUUGGGAGCCGGAUGUUUAACAGAGGAAUCAAUGCAAGAAGUGCUUCGUAUUCUUAACAAACUGUUAACCGAACAUUUCGAACGCGCAACAGAACGUAGAAAGAAACGUGCCGAUGAGGACUAUGACGAAGUUGUGGAGGAGCAACUUGCUGAUGAAGAUAAUGAUGAUGUGUAUGGCCUGUCCCGUGUAGCGGAUGUCCUCCACUCACUGAUGUCUGCUUACCGUGAGACAUUCUUCCCCCACUUUGACUCUCUCCUGCCACAUCUGGUGCAGCUGCUGGAUGCAGGUCGACCAUAUGCUGACCGACAAUGGGCAAUUUGUAUCUUUGAUGACGUCAUUGAAUUUGGAGGACCGGCAUGUGCCAAAUAUGAAGACAUAUUCCUUGAGCCAAUGCUUAACAGCCUGUACGAUCGCGAGCCUGAAGUACGUCAAGCGGCUGCAUAUGGCUGUGGAGUAUUAGCACAGUUCGGAGGCGCACACUUUGCGGGAGCUUGUGCCAGAGCUGUGCCCCUUUUAGCUACACUAAUCUCUGAACCAGACUCGAGAUCCGUUGAGAACCUAAAUGCUACCGAGAACGCUAUUUCUGCAGUCACAAAGAUAAUCAAAUACAAUCAUACACAUAUUAAUCGGGAUGAAAUUAUCAGGCAUUGGCUCACCUGGCUGCCCGUGGUGGAGGACACGGACGAGGCGCCGCACGUGUACUCGCUGCUGUGCGAGCUGGCCAGCGGCGGCCACGCGGCGCUCAGCUCGCCCGACGCGCCGCCGCGGGUGUUGGCCGUCAUCGCAGAGGCCUGGCACCGCGACGCCGUGCCCCGCGACCACGCCGUGCACGGCCAGAUGGUGGAGCUGGUGCGGCAGAUACAGCGAAACGGCGAACUUUUCAACUCGUGUUUGAUGCAGUUGACCAGCGAACAGAAAGAAGCUUUGACAGUUGCAUUAACUGCAUAGAAGGCCACAUGCAUGUCCUGCAACGCUUGUAUUUAUUACUGCCCACAUUCUAUGCUACACACUGUUUAAAGCUUCAUUAUUGGGCCCCUUACUAUAUAAACACCGCCUAGAAAUAAUAACGAGAUAUAUUUAUGAAAUAAUCUUUGAAAUAUUGUCCUCACUCAUUCCCCUUACAAAAAUAAUCCAUUAUCUGUGUUUGAUAUUAUUUAUAUAUUAUGUGUUUGACGUUAUUAUCUUCGAUCUCAUAAUCCAUCUGUUGGCUUCAAUUGCUGUGAUACAUUGUGUAUUAAUUUAUAACAGCCAUUAUAAAUGUUCGUUUCUUAUAACCAUUUGUCUAUUUCGUAAUAUUUUUUCAUUGUUAUUUAAACUGUUUUUAUGUAUUGUAUGGAUAGUCCAGUUUUUGGAGAAAAUAAAUUUACUAUUAACGAUUGAAAGAAUUUAAGUUCAAGAUUUGUAUAUUGAAUAGUUUUUAUUCAUUCAAAAUGGUUUUUAUGUUUAAAAAAUUGGACUUUCACAUUCCAUUUUGAUGGGAUUGUAACUGUUUCUCGCACCUAGGUAGGUACGAGUUCUGUUUAUAGGAAUUAUAACAAACAUGUAUACAUUUCUGUUUAACUAAAAUAAAAGUUAUUGUCAUUUA